AAAAACAAAACAUUAUCCAGUCGAACGUCGCACCCGGCCGCACGUACGUUUCGCCGUCGCAGUACUCGCGGGGACGUACGCCAUGUAAAAUUCCAGUAGCCGCGUUUAUCGUCGAACAUGUACCAGCCAUUUAGAUGCUGAACAAUUAAACUGAUCAUGAUUGGCCCUUUACUAAAAGUGGCCUUCAUCACUAUAUUCGUGAUAUGCAGUAUUCAUUGCGAAAGACACAGUAUAGGAUGGACAUCGGAUUGGAAGAAGAAAACAGGUUGUCUAUUUAAUGGCAAUGUUUGUGCUCAACACGAGUGGUGCUUUGACGAUCAUGCAUUCGGGAAAUGCAUUCCAAAUUAUAAUAACGGUGAAGGAGAAUAUACGUACAAACUGAUGAUGGACAACCUCUUAAUUCUGCAGGAAGACAUGAAAUUUCUCUAUCGCAACGGUUACGGUUGGCCGCAUCCGUUUACACAGUGCAUACUCAAACAGCGAUUAAAACUGAUCAAGUACAGUCGACCCGUGGACAUUUCGAUUUGUAAUCCAUUCUCGAGACUACCGGACAGAAGCAGACAAAACGACAACGGCGAUUUCGCGGACUUCUCCGAUGUGUACAUAAAUCCAGAUGAUAUCGAACGGGAUCAUGAAUUCUAUUCGGACUUAAAUGACGAUUAUCAUCGAAGUGUUAUUAACAGGAAUAAACUUCAAGGAACACCAUUGUACUUACCGUGGAUGCAAGGCGUAAAACAGCAACAAUACGAAGACGAUCAGGUGCCCUUGGCGUACGGUCAACCGAGGUUCCGACCGGAUUACAACACACCGGAAAGGUUCCGGGCGGGCGAAGAGAUGAAGGACAAGAUGGACGUUGAAUGGAAGGAACUGAGGCACAUGGACAUGAUAUCCAAAGGUCUGGAGAACCCAAACAAGGCGUACACGGAGGGUGGUCUGGUCUUCUUACCACGCAAAGGAUGGGUGUUUGUAGGAGCCAACGGCGAAGAAGAUGACGAGAUGUUUAGCGAUUUCAUUAAGAGCUACGAUCCGGAGCUGGGAUGGGGAUUCAAAAGACCCGAACGAUUGGACGUCAAGAAACCCGGGCCGUUUUACAAGACAAACAAUUUUGCAUUCGAAAUCAAUGACGAAGGGGCUGAGCAAAAACAAGGCGAGGAAAUCCCCAAGACUGUCGAUGCUACGACAUUACUGGGAACUAACCGAAAAUCGGAUUCAGAAGAGACGAAAUCGACCAACACUAAUAACAAGGCAUCGUCAAAAUUGACUCAAGACGAUUUUAAAACCGUUUACAUCAGUAAAAUCGCCCCGGGUGAGGAAAAGGAUAUCCAGAGAAAGGAAAAUUCUAAAAAUAAAAUGCUCGACGUAGAUAACGAUCAAUAUGAAGUGGUCGACACUUCUUAUGUUUCUAUCCAAAUAAAACAAAAGAUCAGCUCUCCAGAUAGAGGUAACAACUUGCUUAAAGUGCUGUCCAAUAUCAUUAAUAUCGAUUUUAAAUCGAUAGUCAACGCUCGCUUCGACGAGUCUGAGAUUACGUUCCAAAUACUGCCGAGCGCCGGCGUUAAUGCAUCGCAGGUGGUGAAACGGAUAGAGACGAUGAAGAGCAAAUUCGCGAAGAAAACAGGCUACACUAUAGAAUCCGUGAGCGUAGGAGACAAGGUGAAAACACCGUCGGUGAUGAUGAGUUCCAAGUACGAAGACAGCAAAAAUUUCGAAUGGAUUUUCAUUUCCGUCGCGGCCGUGUGUGCCGUCUUGGUGUCUGUGGCGGCGUUCGUUGUAAUGAGAAAACACGCGAAGUACAAAAGCAAGUUCGAAGGAUUGAUCGGAAGCAGCACGGAAGUCAGUAAAGAUUACCAGGAAUUGUGCCGAGCGAGGAUGUCGAGCAAAAAAGAAGAAACGAAUGCCACGUCUCAGAGAAUAGCGAGCCUGUCGAAAGAUCCGGACAACAGUCCUUCUUCAAGGUCAAGCACAUCUUCGUGGGGAGAAGAACCGGUACUGUCGAACAUGGAUAUAUCAACCGGACACAUGGUUUUGGCUUAUAUGGAGGACCAUUUGAACAAUAAAAACCGACUGGACAGCGAGUGGGCAGCGCUCUGCGCGUACGAAGCGGAACCGUGUGCGGUCAAUGUGGCUAGAAAGCCGGAAAACGCAAAGAAGAAUCGUUACAUCAAUGCAUUACCAUACGACCACGCCAGGGUUGUGAUCAACGAGUACGCCAACAUGAAUAAUUCGGACUACAUCAACGCAUCUACCAUAACCGAUCACGAUCCACGGAAUCCGGCUUACAUCGCGACACAAGGACCGUUGCCCGACACAUCGGCAGACUUUUGGCAAAUGGUUUGGGAACAAGGUUGCGUGGUGAUCGUGAUGUUGACCAGACUGGUAGAAAACGACGUGGUGUUAUGUCAUCGUUACUGGCCGGAAGAGGGAUCUGAACUCUAUCACAUAUACGAGGUGCAUUUGGUUAGUGAACACAUAUGGUGCGAUGAUUACUUGGUGAGGAGUUUCUAUCUGAAAAACUUGAAAACCGGAGAAACCAGAACAGUCACUCAGUUCCACUUCUUGACAUGGCCAGAUGGAGGAGUCCCCAACACUACGAAAGCUCUACUGGAAUUCCGCAGGAAAGUCAACAAGUCGUUCCGUGGUAGAUCUUGCCCAAUCGUCGUCCAUUGCAGCGAUGGCGUAAGUCGUACUGGUUCGUAUUGCUUGUUGGACAUGGUGCUUAAUCGUAUGGCGAAAGGAGCUAAGGAAAUCGACAUAGCGGCAACUUUGGAGCACAUCCGUGAUCAGCGUUCGGGUGCGGUGGCUACUAAAGCCCAAUUCCAGAUGGUUUUGGCUGCCGUGGCCGAAGAAGUGCAAGCCAUAUUGAAAGCCUUGCCUCAGCAACAAACACCUCAGCCUUUACCUCCGCCUCCUCCACCAGCCCAACAUUGAACAUUUUUUUCUUUCCAAUCACACACAUCACAUACAUACGAUUUAAGCUCUAUAUCCUUUUUGCUAGUAUUUCCUAAAAUAGGCUCAAAAAAUGUUUUUUUGAUCUCAUAGAUUAUCUCUUCUAGAUGUUUUAAUCUCAUAUUAAUAAUAAAAUAUAUUUAUUCAGAUGCUUGAAAUCCCAGCAUAUACAAAAUUAAUAUCAUUGGU